GCCCCGGCCGCCGCAGCCUCUCCGAGCUCUCCCAGGCCCACCCGCGGGGGGCGGGCGGCGCGCGUAUUGGCCGGGCGCAGUGCCCACGGCCGCCAGCAGAGGGCACCGUCCGCAGCGCGCACCGCCCGCAGCGCGCGCACCGCCCUUCCUGCCCCGCCUGGUGUGCGCAGGCACCCACCGCCGCGCCCGCGUCCGUGCUCGGGCCAAGCGCAGCGAUGUCCAAGCCGCCGCCGAAGCCGGCCAAGCCAGGGCAGGUUAAGGUGUUCAGGGCCCUGUAUACAUUUGAGCCCAGAACGCCAGAUGAGCUGUACUUUGAAGAAGGAGAUAUAAUUUACAUCUCAGACAUGAGUGAUACGAAUUGGUGGAAAGGAACUUGCAAAGGGAGAACUGGACUAAUACCAAGCAACUAUGUGGCAGAGCAAGCUGAGUCUAUUGAUAACCCACUGCAUGAAGCUGCCAAACGUGGCAACCUAAGCUGGUUGAGAGAGUGUUUGGAUAAUCGAGUUGGGGUCAAUGGCUUAGACAAAGCUGGAAACACAGCUCUCUACUGGGCAUGCCAUGGAGGCCACAAAGAUAUAGUGGAUGUUCUGUUUACCCAGGGAAACCUAGAGUUAAACCAACAGAACAAAUUGGGAGACACAGCUUUGCAUGCUGCUGCAUGGAAAGGUUAUGCAGAUAUUGUAGAGAUGCUGCUGGCAAAGGGGGCAAGAACAGAUCUGAAGAACAAUGAGAAGAAGCUGGCUUUAGACAUGGCAACCAAUGCAGUUUGUGCUUCCCUGCUUAAGAAGAAACAGAGUGCAGGUACAAUCCGAACAUUAAGUAAUGCAGAGGAAUACCUCGAUGAUGAAGACUCCGAUUAGCUUAUUUUCAUUCAACCUAAGGAACUACAGCUUGCAUUGCCUAUGUCAUUCCCAAAACAUAUCUUUACAACUGUAAAAAUAUCUUACUUAAGAGUACUGCAGUCUUCCAAUAUAGCAUAUAAAUGAGAGGGUGAAGUAAUCUUUUCCAAAGGAAUGAUCUUCAUGUGUGACAGAAGUUGCUGCAUUUUAAGUCAGAGUUCCUGCAAAGUUAUCUCACAGGGAAGUGUGGCAUACCAUCGUUGAAUGGGCAGAGGAUCAUCUUUUAAACUCACAGGUUUCAUCUUGGGCCUUUCCAGCAAGUGCCUUGCAUCUUUGAAAUACAGCCCUCAAACUGAAAGGUCCGUCUGGGAGAGUAGGAAAUCAUUGCUAACAUUUCCCAGAACCUACCUAGGUAUAGAUUCCUUUGUGCAGAUAGGAUGGCACCGGCAGAGUCAGUAAAUGGCUGUCAGAUAUGAAUGGAGUUCCCGCUAUAGACAGUGACCGUCUUUUGCCUACAUGGAGCCAGCAAGACAAGAUUUGGUUUGGUUUUUUUUUUAAAAAAAAAAAUCGUAAUAUUUUUUUCCCCUUCAUUCCUUCCCGUACCCCUGUGAGUGGUAGAAUGACAUGGGAUGAUCUGUCCCUGGAUGCUUUGUCUUCUGUAGUGCUGUGGGCCCAAUCCCUGAAAUAUAAACUCAGGUGAAAUGCUUGCUUAAGUCACUUUUGCUUGAGAAAUAUAAUUAAUUUUUUACUUAAUGACUUGGUUGAUUUGCUUUUUGAAGUGCAUUAUGCUGAAAUGAUUCAUAGUUAGAGGAUGGCAGAAUAUUUUUCUAUUUAUCUUGCCUAAUUUUUUCUUUUUUAAUGAUCUCUUGCUUUUAUUUUUUAAAAGUGUUCUUAUAUUUUGUCCUACAUUACCUCAAACCUUAAGUUUGUUUAAAGGAAUGAGGAAAAAAGUAUAUCAAGUAUACCGCAGAUAUUUUUAGAAGAGAUAUCUGAAGCUGAAUAAAGUUUUUCAAAGGUAUUACUUCUUCCUGUAAAUUAAAGAGAAGAAAAAAAAAUAAAUUGAGCCACCUUUAAGCUUCCCUGCAGAGCUAAAAAAUAA